AAAAAUAAAAAUCGAUUAAUUUAAAAUCUGCGAGAAAACGUCAAACUAUCAAGGGCAAAAGAAAAGAUGAAAAAUAGUCAAAGAUUAAAAGAUGGAUUAAACCCAACAAGUGGGUUUAAGAUAAGCUUCAUGGUUUUUGCCGUUCUUGAACUUCCACUCCCUUUGCCUUGAAAUUCUUACUGAAGAGCAAGAUGGGACACCCAAACACUUGGGAUUCUCAAUCUAGUUUGGCGAGAUGGGUGGAGACAUGAGUUCAAAAGGUGGGCAGACUGCUUCAGAAGCUUCCUGGUGUCCAGAAGCAGCUGGAGUAGACAGCAUUGCCAUGGCAGUGACGUUGGUAUCAGUGUUGAUGGAGACUGGAGAAAACACAAAGCCACGACGAGACAAGGCCAUCUUGGUCGGGGAUGCAUGCAGUGGAAGCUUACCUGCUGUAGAUGAUAAUGCAGUGCUAGUAGUAUCAGUGGCUGAAGUGGAAAAAUGCAUUGUUUCAAAACGAUCAUUGAUAUCCUCUACACUGUUGGUGGUAUCUGAUUCACUGAUGCCAGCUGAAGUGCAGUCUGAAGGUGUGGCCAAGCAAAACUCCUGCAGCUUCUCGGCAGAUGUCAUUUGGCGAAGUUGAUGGCCAGAAGUGGUUGGUGCAAAAACAGCAGCACGGUACUCCAUGUCAGAAGUGCGACUGUUGUUGUUGGAAGAACUAAAAUAAGUGCUAGAGUCUAUAGACGAGUUCACGGUAUGAUUG